CGAGAGCUACUAGGGUUUUGAGUUAGGACCCGAAUUAGGCUUUCGGGUUGGAGAUGGCGCUGACCAACUUCAUCGUGACGGUGGUGGGCGUAGGCGCCGCCAUCAUCCUCUUCCGGGGCGACGUCAAGCAGUCCGCCACCGUCUUCCGCCGCAACCUCCGCCACAUCCGCCACUGGCUCGAAGAAGAAUCCGGCUCCGCUUCCAAAUCUGUGGAGCGAAAGGCACCGAAAGAGUUGGACUCUCAGGUUCUAAAGAAGGACAUUCCCAAGGACGAGAAGCUCUAGAAUAUUUUGUCGAUUUUCCAGUUAUUUAGGACGGGCACAAGUGUAUAUGUGUACAUGUUUGUGUGUGUUAGAAAUUUCGAAUAAAUUCAGAUUGUCAUACCAACAUUGAAUUGUUUUUUCUUCUGUUGUAAUUCUCAAAAACCAGCUUGGCUCCAUCCAACAUAUCCAUCACUUUGUUCUUAAAGGCUAUGAACGUGAUCACAUCACAUUGGAGCCAAAAAUGUAAAGAUGAUUGACUAUUUUUCCUUCCUUUUCCUCAUCAAUUGUAGUAAGAUGUUUCCAUGA